AUGGUACUCCACCGCUUGAAGCCUGGAAAGGAAGAAAUGAAGAAAACAACCAAAGCAAUUGCCAAGACAAACAGGAACCUGAAGAAGGAGCAGGGUCAUGAGAAGGAUGAUGCUAGCCUUGCCCGUCCAGUGGUUGGUAUUGCCCGGUCCUUGACAAAGUCACGGCUUGGAAGUGCUGCUGCGGAACAGAUGCGAAAGAUGCUCAUGCUCUUGGUUGCCGUGGAUGCCCCUCGCAUCCUGUUGCAGCUCACAAGCCUCAUCUUCAUGGCCAAUGGGGCGAUGAAGGAGGACAUUGACAUGUGUGAGUACUUUGCUGGGCAAAUGGCUGUUACAAAGUGCUUCGCGCGGGCUGGGUUCAAGUCCGUGCCCUUUGAGAUCAACCUGCAGGGGUCUGCUGGUGACAUCCUGGACCCAAUUGGGUUCAGCGUCGCUCUGUGCAUGGCGAUGCGCAUGAAGUUCAAUUCCUUCUGCCAAAUAGCUGCUGUGUGUAGCACGUGGGUGUUCCUGUCAAGAUCCCAGACCAAGUGCUCCUUAUGGAACCCGCUUGGGGACCGACGGGUCCGGGCUGUAGAGGAUGCUAAUGAACCUUAG